AUGUCGCAUACUCAGGCUGAAAGUGUAAUAAAAAAUAUUAUACGGGAAAUUGCUCAAGAAUGUGCUGAAAAGGGGCACACGGUAUCUGAAACCAUAGUAGCAUUUGUGGUAAAGGCUAUAGUAUUAGACUCAAGAAAUGGCUUUAAUGUGGACCGAAUUCUCACAAAGAAUGAUGUACAGAAGCUCAUUAAGCUUUGUGUGGACAGAUUGCUUGACACAAGAAGUCCUUCCCUGGAAACAAUAAAGAUGCAAGUGUAUUUUGACAUGAAUUAUACAAGUAGAGGAGAGUUUUUAGAUGAGCACCAUCGUGUCCUGGAAUCUAGACUUGCAUCUGUGAGCAGGGAGAUCACUGACAGCCGAGCUCGUACAUCUGAGGAGUUGGAAAGUCUAUAUCGCAAAAUUGUUAGCUAUGUGCUCCUUAGAUCUGGCCUCGGCUCCCCGACUGAUAUCAAAGUUGUUAGAGAAGCCACAGCUGCUCUUCAGAGCGUCUUUCCACAGACAGAACUGGGAACUUUUUUGUCUUUAGUAAAGAAGGAUAAAGAGCGACAACUGAAGGAACUCACUAUGAUAGUCACUGGCAUCCGUUUGUUUAACAAAAACUGUGGAAAAGGGGGCGAGGGUAUCGAUGAUCUGCCCACUGUUCUAAAGGAGGCAAUACCAGCUACCACAAAGCACAUUGAUUCAGAGCUCCUGUCAUCUCGGGAGAUGAUAUACAAAUACACAGCUAUCUUAGAAGAGAUGCAUGAAAAACAGGCCAAAAACAAUCUUCUCAAUUUAAGCCAGAUGAAAGAAGCACUUUACAAUGCAAGACAGCAUGAGGCCUUUUUAAAUAUUAUUUUGUCAGAUAUCAUCACAUGUGCCCAACAAGUUGAUUUGAUUGAUAAGCAGUACUGGGCACAAAUGGAACAAUUAGGAGAUACAGUCCGGUCAAAGACUGCAGUUCCCACAGCACAGGUCUAUCCACUCUUCAUGUCACUAUCUAACCUGUGGAACAGCUUCCAGGAUGAAAUUGUGCUAUUAAGCGUUCUUAGCAAUAUGAGUUCAAACCUGCAGCCCUUUCUAGGACUCCAUGAAGAGCUUUUCCCUGAUCACUUCAUCCAGCCACUAUUAAUUGAUUUAACAAUAAAAACUGACGAGGAAAGGAAUAAAGAAAGUGAAGGGACUCAUAUAAAGCCAUCAGAUUUUCCAACACAGGAGUGGUAUUUCCCAGAAAACACAGCUAAUUAUGAACGCCUCCCAAUUCAGUACCGUGGAUUUUGCGGGUAUACUGUUGCUACAAAAGAUGGCCUCUUGUUACCAGGAAGCUCAAACAUUGGCAUUUUGAAGCACAGAGAAAAGUAUUAUAUUUUCAGCUCCAAGGAAGCUUCCUCCAUGUUUGCCCAAGAUCCUGAUCAUUAUAUCAGUUUGAUUGGAGAGAAAGCAAAACAGUCUGCAGAGCUCAUACAGUUAUUAGAGCUGCAUCAGCAGUUUGCAUCCAUCACCCCCUAUGCCCAGGCUCAAGCUACUGAAAAACUAUUGAUGAAACCGAUCACCAAAUGUAACAGCGGCACGCAAACUGAUACACACUUCAUGGAGACCAACAUUGUCAGAUCAUAUGAGUGGAAUGAAUGGGAGCUGCGCAGGAAAGCAAUUAAACUGACCAAUUUGCGACAGAAAGUGACACAUUCCAUGCAGACUCAUGGUAGCCACAUGAGAAGAGAGAACUUUACGCAGGUGUAUCUUCCAAAGCAAGUGGGCACGCAGACAAAACAGGACAAUUCGAGCAACGUCCCGAAGCCACAGGUUUUUGUAGCUGGACUUCGUGGAUGUGGUAUAUCAAAGCCGACAAACAUGGUUAGAGUAAAUCUAACCAGAGAUGUAGAGGAAUCCUAG